ACUAUUCUGCGAGGAAGCCAAACAUCAUUUGCCAUCGUACAUUUAUACAAAUAUCGUUUUCGACAUAUUCCUGUGUAAUUUUUUCCCCUUUCUCUUUUCGGAACAAGACUGCGUUGAAAAAAUAAACUAAUAAAUUGUAGUCAGUCAGCUACAGUUAUGAGAGUUGGCUAGUUAGCCACUACGUAGCUGGUGUUGUGAAGACGGGCUGCAGGCAAGUAAGCAGUUUUAGCGUGCCCGGCAAUUCAAACUAUACGCCUUAUUUAAACGCGUCCAAAUAGUCUGGUCCGGAGACAAAAGGCCAUCCAGUCAAUACCCUGCAAUGGAUCCUUUUGACUAUAACAGUACAGAGCGAGCCAGCCUACCAAGAAACAUGAUUGAGAACAGCAUGUUUGAAGAAGAGCCUGACAUUGUGGACCUGGCCAGAGACUCAACAGCAUAUCCAACCUUUCCGGCUCUUGACCCAGAUGAAGCCGUGUACGAGCCUCGCAGCUCUCGGCUAUUGGUCCGAGGGCUAGGAGAGAAUGAUGCAGAUGAUGAUGAAGAGGACUGUGAAUCUUCAGCCAGACUUCUGGGCAUGUCCUUCAUGAACCGCAGUGCCAACCAGAGAUCAAACCCCUCUCCCUACAUCAGACAAACUCCACCUAGAUCAUGUUCAGCACCCUCAGCUCGCACCAUGGUUGUUUGUGUGCUAUUUCUAGCCAUAGUGGCCUCCACGACUAUGGUUUUGUACUUUUUGCCCGGUUGCAACUUUACAAAGAGGGGAUGCCCUGAACAACAAAACAAUACGUCAAACAGCACUGAUGGUGAACUUUUCCCUUGGGCACAAUAUCAGCUCCCCCGUAGUGUACGUCCUCUCAGCUAUGACCUCACAUUGAGUCCUGACUUCAGCACCAUGGAGUUUAGUGGCUACACUGUUAUCAACAUGAUUGUACUUCACAACACCAAGCGGAUUGUCCUGCACAGUGCUAAUCUCAACAUUACCAAAGCUACAUUCAAGCUUGGUGAUGAGGCGAAAACUGAUGUCACCCUACUGGAGAAUAAGACAAGGGAGCAGAUAGCUGUUAAAUUCCCUGAAGAGCUGAAGGCAGGCCAGCAUUGUGUGCUGACUCUGAAUUACACAGCCAGGCUAUCUCACACCUAUGAUGGUUUCUACAAUAGUUCCUACAUAGAUCAUUCUGGAAAGAAAAGGGUCCUAGCUGCUUCCCAGUUUGAGCCACUGUAUGCUCGAAAAGCCUUCCCGUGCUUUGAUGAACCAUCAUUUAAAGCCACUUUUUUGGUUAAAAUUAACAGGAAACCAGAAUACAUGACCAUCUCCAACAUGCCUAAGGCAAAGAGCACGCACAUCGCCGAUGGCCUUGUGCAGGAUGAGUUUGCUAAGACCAGUGUCAACAUGAGCACUUACUUGGUGGCAUUCGUCGUAGGUAACUUCAUCCCUGCCAACAGAACCAUCUCUGACACUUUGGUUUCUGUGUACAGUGUACCAGACAAGAAAGAGCAAACUGGUUUUGCUCUAGACACGGUAUCCAAACUGCUGGAGUUUUACAAUGACUUCUUUGAAAUUAACUAUCCGCUUCCGAAACUAGACUUGGUUGCUAUUCCAGACUUCCUGGCGGGAGCCAUGGAGAACUGGGGUCUGAUCACCUUCAGAGAAACCAACCUGCUGGUGGGCAGGAACUCCUCUCUUAUGGAAAAACAAUUAGUUGCAUCUGUUAUUGCACAUGAGCUCGCACACCAGUGGUUUGGAAAUUUGGUCACAAUGAGCUGGUGGAGUGACCUGUGGCUCAACGAAGGCUUUGCCACUUACAUGCAGUUCACCUCACUGCAGACAGUACUGCCACAGCUCGACAUGGGCAACUUUUUUUUAGAUGUUCGAUUCAGAGCUUUGGACAAAGAUGCACUCAACUCUUCCCAUCCCAUAUCUACAGAAGUAAAUUCACCUGAGCAGGUGCAUGAGAUGUUUGACUCUGUAUCUUAUCUUAAGGGGGCUUCCAUUCUUCUGAUGUUGAAUGCCUCUUUGCCUGGUGACCAGCAGUUUAGAAAAGGUAUCAUUCAGUAUCUAAAACAGUUUGCUGGCUUAAACACAGACACCGACGAUCUUUGGAAUAGUCUUACAGAGGUAAAGGUCUCAAAUCAGCAUCUAAAUGUGUCAGAGAUGAUGAGGUCAUGGACAUCCCAGAAAGGCUUUCCGCUGGUUACGGUAUCCCGUAAGGGGGACGAAGUGACCUUAAAGCAGGAGAUUUUCCUACUUACAUCAGAAAACACCAAGCAUACCUCCAGCUUGUGGAAUAAUCCGGUGAUGUAUGUGAAUGACAGCUGUAGUUUGACCCCUGAGUGCAGACAGUUGUUCAUCCUGAAGACCAAAACAGAGACAUUUAAGGUUCCAGAAACUGUAAAAUGGCUUAAGUUGAAUUACAAGAACACAGGCUUCUACAUUGUUGACUACGGGGACAAAGGCUGGGAUGCUCUGACGAGCGCAAUGUCUGACAACUUCCAAGUUCUUACACAGGAAGACCGUGCCUCGCUGAUACACAACAUCUUCGCUCUCUCCAAAUUGGGACGCGUGUCCUUCCACCAAGUCAUUAGUCUCCUAAAUUACAUGCCUAAAGAGACUGAGAUGAAUCCUGUGAUAGAGGCCAUGCUGCAGCUAAAGGAAAUCUACCAGAUGCUGCAAAAACGAUACGAGAGGGGCCCUGUCAUCCGUAUAAGGUCAUAUAUUCUGAAUCUCUUUGGUGUGCUGAUGGAUAAGCAGACAUGGACAGAAGAAGAAAGUGUGUCCAAACAGAAAAUGCGAUCGGUGCUGUUAGAGAUGGCUUGUGAGCUGGAGCAAGAAAAAUGCACCCAGCAAGCAAAAGCCAUGUUUAAGAAGUAUAUUGAAUCCAACGGAACCUUCCAUAUUCCAGCCGAUCUGCAGCGUGUUGUAUUCAGUGUGGCAGCUCAGUCGGAUGAAGACUGGGAAAGUUUGUUCACCAUGUAUCAAUAUGCCACUUAUGACUCAGAGAAGCAAAAGAUGCUACAAGGAUUAGCAUCCACACAAGACACACAAAAAAUUGCGUGGCUUCUCAAGGAAGGUUUGAAUGGUAAUCUCAUCAAGGUACAGAACCUUGAAAUGCUCAUCCAUACGAUCUGCCAAAGUUAUGUUGGAAACCUUCUUGCUUGGGACUUCGUUCAACAGAACUGGAACCAGCUCGUAGAAAUAUUCUCCAUCGGUUCCUUUACAAUCCAAAAAAUCCUCAAGUCGCUCACCUCACAGUUUUCCACGCAGUCCCAUCUUAAUCAGGUGCAGUGGUUCUUCUUGAGUCUGAAGGAGCGCGGUUCUCAGAUGCGAAGCGUGCAAGCAGCGCUGGAAACCAUCCGACUGAACCAACGUUGGAUGGAGAGGAAUCUUCCCUCUCUUCGUGAAUGGCCUUAAGGCAGGCCAGGCACUCCUUCCAGUCUCCAAUCUGCCCCCGAUACCAGUUUUAACUGGUUGAAUGGGGUAAAUUGUCACGACGACUGCAAAGUUUGCACUUUCGCCGCUUAGCUCUGUUUAUCCAAGUCUAAGUGGAGCAGGACUGGAUAACCACUCAUAUAUGUAUGGCUCCUGUGAAAUUUUAGCUAGCUCAGGGCGGUUCUGAUUGUAUCUGACAGCAACAUGUCAGACCUACAGUAAACACGACUCACACUUGAAGCUGUCGACCAAACACACCAGACAAUCAUCUGAUUAACUUUACUUUACAGACUGUGAGAGCUUUUGAGUGACUGCUACUAAAAAAAAGUAGCCUGUGUCAGAAGUACAAUUUUGUUUUUCCAUAAGCCCUGGACAGAGUCUUUACUGCUGUCAGACAUCAGCCUACGGAGCCCCUAAAGGGACAUACUCAGAAAUAAAAUGAAUUUGAGUAAUCUGGUGUGCACCAGAAACUCAGGUAAACAUUAGCAUUAUAUAGCAUUUAAGCUAGCGGAUUUUUGCAUUGCAAGUUAGUCAAUUGUUGUAAAUAUUAGCAUUAUAUUAGGGUGAAAACAUUUAGAUUUUCAAAAAAGAGGGCACUUGGCCUAGCCUUGAGAUACUUGAAUUUUACUCGCAGAUGCCUGCUCCUCCGUCUGGAUAGAAAAAUUCAGUUUGAUUAAAAAAAAAUUUUUUUUUUAAAAAGCCAUAUAAUAUAUAACCAAAGACACAAAUUCAAAUUCUUAGAGGUUACUCAACACUUUAUUAUUCCUAAAAAAUAAUAAUUGAACAAUAAAUACACACAUAAAAAGGAAUAAAUAAAUCAUAAAUAAUAAUUAGGGCUGUCAAAAUUAUCGCGUUAACGGGUGGUAAUUAAGUUAAUCACGUUAAAAUAGUUAAUGCAUUUAACGCAUGUACGGAACAACCCACUCACGCACUGCCACGAACAGACUACAAUGGCGCCGUCUUAUGUAUAUUGAAUGCUAAGAGGCAGAGACACAAGUGGAGUGGACACAGGCAUUCAUUGGAGCCGCGAUAUUUAUUGGUAUAAGCUUUGGCAUCUCUUCCACAACAAUUAUAACUAAUGUGGCGAGCGACGUGGGGAAGAAUGACAGGAGAUAAACUUUUUCUUAACACCCUGCAUUGAACACGAUGCAGAUAAGAUAUACCAUUUGCAGCCACUACUGGCAGUCAUGGUUGCCCAACUUCCCAUCAUGCAUUUGGGCAGUUAGGAACAGUUAAGUAUCAUUACAGUAUCAUUAAGUGAAAGCACAACAAAAACAAUAUUCCUAUCUCAAAAAAAAAUAAUGUUCACAAAAAGAAAAGCCCUCAGUGCAAAGACAACUGGCAUUCCCAAUCAAAAUAGCUAUGCAAAAAAAUACUCAGACGUUAUUUAAUCACAAUAUACAAACUCAGUUACAAGCAGUGUUGUUAAUCUUACUGAAAAAAAGUAAUUAAUUAUAGUUACAAAUUACUUCUCCCAAAAAGUAAUUGCGUUACUAACUCAAUUACCUGAAUGUAAGAGUAAUUAGUUACUUGGCAAAGUAAUUGGUGAUAAUUACAUUUUUUUUCCCCCUCAAAAAAAAAAAAAAAAAAAAAAAAAAAAAAAAAAAAAAAACAUUGGCCACACUAUAUGAAGUUUUUUGUGGAGGUUUUUGGUACAAUUGGCCCGAGCCCAAUUCUUUACCCUAAUUUACCCUUUACCCUGAAUCAACUGUUAAAAGUUGUUAAAAUUGCUCCCAUUAUUGCAUUAGUUCCCUUCUCUCUACUUUCGACAUAUGAAAGUUUUAAAACUGUUUCAUCAUUUAAAGAUGGAUUCAAGUCAAGAUUUUGCCGAUUUAGAAGUAUUUUAGAUAAAAAGUUACUUAGGUUCGCGAGGAAGGUUCUCUACAACAGAGCCGUCCUAAAAUGCCUACUGCUUUAAGAUGGCGGCUGUCAUUUUGCAUCUAGUUAUAUCUAUAUACAGUACAUCUGAUAUCUACCAUGUCUACCAUAUCUACAAUAACAUGCGGGCGUAGUUUGUCGGCUAUCGGCUACAACAUGUAUUAUUGGAGCUACCUAGCAUCGCGUUUGCUCGGCGUUACAACUUUCUUGCCUCCUCCCCGCUCCUGCUCUGCUCUGUCGUCUCGGUGAGUCCGUCUCCCUUAGACUUUUCGACCAAUAUAGUAACGCAUAGUAACGCAUGCCUUUCCGUCCUCAGUAACGGUAAAGGCGUUGCCAAGAUGAGAAAAGUAAUUAAUUAGAUUACCCACUACUGAAAAAAAUAACGCCGUUAGUAACGCCGUUAUUUUGUAACGCCGUUACUAACAACACUGGUUACAAGUACUUCUUUCCGUGGAUCCCUUUCACAGAAAGAAUGUUUAUAAUGUUAAUGUCAUCUUGUGGAUUUAUUGCUAUAAUAAACAAAUACAGUACUUAUGUACAGUAUGUUGAAUGUAUACAUCAGUCUUAUCUUUCCAUUCCAACAAUAAUUUACAGAAAAAUAUGGCAUAUUUUAGCGAUGGUUUGAAUUGCGAUUAAUUACGAUUAAUUAAUAUUUAAGCUGUGAUUAACUCGAUUAAAAUUUUUUUAACGUUUGACAGCCCUAAUCCUAAUAUAAUGCAGACCCAUGGAAAUGUUGUCUAGUCAAUACACACACACAGUAGGCUAUUUGCCAACUAAGCAUUUUCAUAAAUUACUAUCAGGAUAAUUGUCGUUUACAAAUUUUUAUUCCCACUCAAUUUUUAUUCUCAUUCAAUGUUCUAGAUUGCACGCAAACAAUAACCGAAAUAAACUGACAAACGAUUCAACCAGCAUUUUUCCAAACGCAGCAGUUUAAAACUACAUUUCCCAUAAAGCUUAGCGUGACUUAAUUCACGGACAGCUACCCUAUUAGCUAGCACUGUUAAGCAAGGCAAAGUUAAACAUUGCUAUAAAAGUUUACAAUCAUCGGCAGCGCAACGAUGCGUCACCAAAUGGGAUCACACCAGUAAAAACCUCCAACAUAAGUCAAGAGUUGCGGAAAUGUAGGUUUAGCAAGUGUACAUACACAAGAUUUGUUUGUGAAUGAGAAUUGACAGUUGACGCCAGUCUGUGCACGCAAAGUAGAAUAAAGGUAUUUUUCGACUUAAUUACUCUUUUGGGUACAUGAGCAUUUGAUUAUUUAUGUACUGAUCAUAAUAAAAGUCUUAGCAACUGGGCAGGCUCUGUGGGAACAUGUCACAGGCAUCACAGUACCGUAGUAUUCUGUGCAAAGCAGCAGUCAAUUUCAACACACACUAAUUGGUCCUGUGAAAAAUAAUAAAACCCGGACAUUUUUAUGAAUUUAUAAAACUCGCCGGAAGCCCCGGACAGGAUGUGAAAAGUGGACAUGUCCGGGCAAAAGAGGAUGUUUGGUCACCCUAAUUAUAUAGCAUUUAAGCUAGCGGACUUUUGCUAUGUAAGUUAGCCAGUUGCAACAAUUGGCUUGCUUGCAAAGCAAAAGUCCGCCAGCUUAAAUGUUAUAUAAUGCUAAUGUUUGCAACAAUUUGCUAACGUGCAAAGUUAAAGUCCGCUAGCUUAAAUGCUAUAUAAUGCUCAUGUUUACCAGAUAGUUCCUGGUGCAGCAUUUAAAAUAGCAAUUGGCUAACUUGCAUAGCAAGAGUCUGUUAUUUUAAGUGCUAUACUGUAUAUAGUCCUUCUCAAAAAAUUUGCAUAUUGUGAUAAAGUUCAUUAUUUUCUGUAAUGUACUGGUAAACAUUAGACUUUCAUAUAUUUUAGAUUCAUUACACACAACUGAAGUAGUUCAAGCCUUUUAUUGUUUUAAUAUUAAUGAUUUUGGCAAAAAAGUCAAGAAAAAACCAAAAUCCCUAUCUAAAAAAAUUUGCAUAUUUCAUCCGACCAAUACAAAAAAGUGUUUUUUAAUACAAAAAAGUCAACCUUCAAUUAAUUAUAUCAGCUAUGCACUCAAUACUUGGUCGCGAAUCCUUUUGCAGAAAUGACUGCUUCAAUGCGGCGUGGCAUGGAGGCAAUCAGCCUGUGGCACUGCUGAGGUGUUAUGGAGGCCCAGGAUGCUUCGAUAGCAGCUUUAAGCUCAUUCACAGUGUUGGGUCUGGUGUCUCUCAACUUCCUCUACACAAUAUCCCACAGAUUCUCUAUGGGGUUCAGAUUUGGCAGGCCAAUUGAGCACAGUAAUGCCAUGGUCAGUAAACCAUUUACCAGUGGUUUUGGCACUGUGAGCAGGUGCCAGGUCGUGCUGAAAAAUGAAAUCUUCAUCUCCACAAAGCUUUUCAGCAGAUGGAAGCAUGAAGUCUUCAAAAUCUCCUGAUAGCUAGCUGCAUUUACCCUGCCCUUGAUAAAACACAGUAGACCAGCACCAGCAACUGACACGGCACCCCAGACCAUCACUGACUGCGGGUACUUGACACUGGACUUCAGGCAUUUUGGUAUUUCCUUCUCCACAGUCUUCCUCCAAACUCUGGCACCUUGAUUUCCGAAUGACAUGCAAAAUUUGCUUUCAUCUGAAAAAAGUACUUUGCACCACUGACCAACGGUCCAGUGCUGCUUCUCCUCAGCCCAGGUCAGGCGCUUCUGCCGCUGUUUCAGGUUCAAAAGUGGCUUGACCUGGGGAAUGCGGCGCCUGUAGCCCAUUUCCAGCACACGCCUGUUCACAGUGGCUCUGGAUGUUUCUACUCCAGACUCUUCUCCACAAUCUUUCUCAGGGUGCGAUCACCUCUUCUGGUUGUGGAGCAUUUCCUGCCACACUUUUUCCUUCCCACAGACUUCCCACUGAGGUGCCUUGAUACAGCAUUCUGGGAACAGCCUAUUCGCUGAGAAAUGUCUUUCUGUGUCUUAGCCUCUUGCUUAAGGGUGUCAAUGAUGGCCUUCUGGACAGCAGUCCGGUCGGCGGUCUUGCCCAUGAUUGCGGUUUUGAGUAAAGAUGUCCAGUUCGGAUGCCGAUCGAUCGGGUCCGAUCAUGUCAUUUUCAAAGUACAGUGGUACCUCUACAUACGAUCACUUCGACACACGAUCUUUUCGACAUCCGACGUAAAAUUUGAGCCGCCAUUUGUUUCUACAUCCGACGAGUUGCUCGAAAUAUGACGACAUGACAGCACUGCAAACGAACCCACGGUGGAUUUUCUUAUGUGAGAAAUCAACACAGUUUUCAAAAAAAGUUGAUACAGUUGGAGAAACAAGGAAAAAAGUGAUGCUUACCUUUGAAAUGAAGAUGCAAGUUAUAGAAAAAUAUGAGCUUGGGGUGCGCGUCCCUGAACUGGCUCAACAAUACAGCUCCAUGAUCCUCUUAUGACCACCGUUCGCCACUAUUUAUAAGUUAAGGUGACAAUUAUUAUUGUGGUAACAUUGCCAAGGAAAUCGCCAGCUUUGUCACGUUUUUAUCAUUUAUUUAAGAACUUAUCCAACACAAAACGCUCAUUGUCUUAAGCAGUUGACUGCUCUCAGGAAAACGAAAGUAUUAUCUCUACCGCACCGACCUAUCUCACUGGAGACGUCACCUUCGCGGUGCGUUCAGGGACAGUAAAAAGUGUCCGCCAUAUUAGAAUCCGAUUCGUUACAUUAUUUUCAGGAAUAAUUAUUAAUUCUUCUUCUUCUUCUUAUAUUAUUCUGAAUUAUUUAUUUAUAACUUAUUUGUUUUUCUAUGUUUAAUUGCCAUUUGUAACAGUGCCAGCAGUAUUUAUUAAGAAUUUAAUGUAUGUUUUUAGGCUUUGGAACGAAUUAAUGGAAUUAUAAUGUAUUCCUAUGGGAAAAUCCUGCUCGACAUACGACCAUUUCGACUUACAAACAAGGUCCUGGAACGAAUUAAAUUCGUAUGUAGAGGUACCACUGUAUUGGAAUCGAAAAAAAAAUAUCGGACAUGCCUUUUUUAAUAUAUAUUUUUUUUAAUUAAAUCGUUUUCUAAUCGUAUUUAACGUUACAGACAAAAUGUCUUACACUCAUCCAGAGUCUUUAGAUUUGGUUAUCAAUUUAUCGCGUUAACAGCGGUGAUAACAUUAUAAUAUUUAACGCAUGCGCUGCACUACCCACUCACGCAUUGUCUCGUUCAAUCUAUAAUGGCACCGAUUUGCGUAUACAUAGAGCUAAAAGGCAACGUAAAAUGAGUAGAGAGAAUUUUGGCAGCCUUUGAAGCCUUUUUUUAAUUGGCUAAAGCCUUACAAUUCCUCUCUCAACAAUUAGAAAUAUUGUUGGAAGCAAUGUGGGGAAGAAAGGUAGUGGUUGAUCAUUUUCUUAACACCCUAUGUCAUUUCCCAACGCAGAGAAGAUAUAUCAAUUGGUACCACUACGCACAGUCAUGGUUGCACUUCCCAUCAUGCAUUUGGGCAGAAGUUAAAUGGCUACAGUAUCAUUUACUGAAAGCUCAACAAAUACACUAGAUGACAAUAUUUAGUCACAAUAUACAAAGUCACAUUUAUC